CUGAACAUUCCAAGGAAGAGAUGUAGGCUUCUCGAUUCUUUUUUUUUUAACACACCUAGGUCCUAUUUUAGAUUCAGAAUAUCUCCCUCCGCUCCUAAUAGUCAGCCCAUCGAUUCCGACGAACUAGGCAACCCGCCCAGAUUACACCCGCGACUCGAUCAUCUCCCGCUGCACCCGGACGGGGAUGGAUGGUAUUCUGUUCUUGGCCCAUCGAUUGGCACCAGUGAUAAUCCCGCGACUGUCGAUGUGGUAAAGGAAGCAAACCAAGAAAGCAACGCCACUAUCCAGGGUUCCCCCGUGAACCCUUCAAGGAAUUCCUGCCUUGAUCUCCCGCGCAUCUUCUGCCAAUACCACAAGUGCACUGGCGCUAGGUUAGCAAUCUCUCUCUAUCAUAAACUUUACUUCUAUCCAAUACAUGACAUUGACGGUUAUUGCCCCGUUCCCUCAGCGGCCCUCACACUUGCGCCCCUGGCAGAUUUACCUGCGAGGCUCCGAACUGUCCCUGGUCCAGGACCUUCAAGACGAAGCAAGCCUUCAACCGACACUACCACGUAAUGCACGGCAAUGACCGUGUGGAUUGUCCGGUCGAAGGGUGUGAGAACGUUAGAGCUCGCGGGAUUAAGCGGGCGGAUAAUCUCCCUGCCCACUUGCUGAACAAGCAUGGUAUUUCCAGUGCAAGGCCACCGUAUGGGAAUUAAGUUCGGCGGUGGUGGGACAAUUAGUAUCAUCUGGGGUUGCAGUCGUCUUAUGUGUUGGACUCAAGUGGGGAAUAGUAUUUCUUUCAUAAUUUCCUUUGCCUCACCUUUGACCUAUCCUAUUUCCUAUCCAUUUACCUCUCCAUUCCGCACUCAUGCACCGCUCGAUGUAUGCCUUAUCAUUUUUUUCUCGUCUCAUAUUUUGUAUCCGCCACAUCUAUCUAUUUUGUGGCAAAGUCGUGCACCCCUCUCUGGUUUUCUUUCUCCUUCACACAGCCUGGCCCUCCCCCAUUUACCCCUCUCCGGAAUUCCCAGCCUUCCCUCUCCUUGGCCCUCUUUUGCCCCCCCCUAUACGCAUGUAGCUGUUAGCGUUUAGUAUACAAUUAAGCUUCUAUUCCCAC